AGACAACACUUCCGGUGCGGGGAAGGCGACACACGUGAUUUCCGGCGGGCCGUGCGGGCCGGUCCCGGUCAUGGCGGCGGCGGCGGCGAAGGAGGAGGAGAAGGACAAGGACAAGGACGAUGACGACGACAACGACGCGAACGCGGCGGCGACCGAGGGCCGGGUGCGGGCUUGGGCUGCGGCGCAGGCGGCGCGCGGGCGGCGCGUGGCGCUGGUGACGUCGGGCGGGACGCAGGUGCCGCUGGAGGCGCGCGCCGUGCGCUUCCUGGAGAACUUCAGCAGCGGCCGGCGCGGGGCGGCCUCGGCCGAGCGGCUGGUGCGGGCGGGCUACGGCGUGUGCUUCCUGCACCGCGCCCGCUCCGCCUUCCCCUGGGCCCGCGCCCUGCCGCCGCACGGGCCCGCGCUGCUCGACGCGCUCCGCCUCACCCCGGGGCCGCCGCCCGGCGUGGCCGCCGCUCCCGCCGCGCUGCCCGCGCUGCUGCCCGCGCUCCGCGAGUACCAGCACGCCACCGAGACGGGAGCGCUGCUCGCCAUCGAGUUCACCGGGCUCGCGGAGUACCUGGCGCUGCUGCAAGCCGCCGCCCGAGCCCUGGCGCCGCUCGGCUCCAGUGCCAUGUUCUACCUGGCAGCUGCCGUGUCAGAUUUCUACAUCCCCGUCUCCGAGAUGCCGCAGCACAAGAUCCAGUCCUCGGAGGGGCCCCUGCAGAUCACAAUGAAGAUGGUGCCAAAAAUGCUGUCACCCCUGGUCAGAGACUGGGCCCCCGAGGCCUUUGUGAUUUCCUUCAAACUGGAGACAGAUGCCCAGAUCCUGCUGGAUAAAUCUCGGCAGGCUCUGGAGAAAUACCGGCACCAGGUGGUGGUGGCCAACAUCCUGGAGUCCCGGAGAACCUCUGUCAUCAUUGUCACCAGGGACUCACAGACUCCCUUAUCCCUGUCUGAUGAGGAGAUAGCCCAAGGCAUGGAAAUAGAGGAGAAGAUUGUGAGUUACCUGCAGGGCCAGCACACGGCCUUUAUAGAGAGGAAAGGCUGAGGAGGAAAAUCUGGGAGGAAAGGAGGGAGUGGUGCUGCAGAGGGAGUGGGGCUGGAGCCUGUGCAGGUGAAUAAAGCAAUCCCCACGGAACACAAGGAGGGACGUCCAACGCUCUGUCACUUUCAUACAGCUUGGCCACAGCUGCUGUGGCUCUGUAAAAGAGAAAUACAUGGAAGUGAAACCAUUCGAAGGAGGAAAGAAGCUUGUUUCUGUCCCGUGGGCUGGGAGAGCUGGGAGGAUGAGAAAUGGUGAAGUCUCUGUAUAUAAAGAAUUUCUUGAAUCUC